GAUGUGGUCUUCACUUGAGAGUUGAAAGACAUGGGUACGGUGGCUCCAAGAGUUGAAAGCUUGGCGAGCAGCGGGAUAAAGUGUAUCCCGAAGGAAUACGUGAGGCCUCAAGAAGAGCUCAAGAGCAUAGGGAACGUGUUUGAGGAGGAAAAGAAGGAAGGGCUACAGGUUCCGACAAUUGACUUGAGAGAGAUAGAUUCGGAGGACGAGGUUGUUCGAGGGAAAUGUCGUGAGAAGCUGAAGAAAGCGGCGGAGGAGUGGGGUGUGAUGCACUUGGUGAACCAUGGGAUCCCCGAUGAGCUGAUAGAGCGGGUGAAGAAAGCAGGGGAAACGUUCUUUGGUCUGGCGGUUGAGGAAAAGGAGAAGUACGCGAAUGAUUUGGAGUCUGGCAAGAUUCAAGGCUAUGGAAGCAAGCUGGCCAACAAUGCCAGUGGCCAACUCGAGUGGGAAGAUUACUUCUUCCACCUUGCUUUCCCUGAGGACAAGCGUGACCUCUCCUUCUGGCCAAAGAAACCCGCUGAUUAUAUUGAGGUCACAAGCGAGUAUGCAAAGCGACUGAGGGGGCUUGCGACCAAGAUAUUGGAGGCACUCUCUAUUGGAUUGGGGUUGGAAGGAUGGAGGUUGGAGAAGGAAGUUGGUGGGAUGGAAGAGCUUCUACUUCAAUUGAAGAUCAACUACUACCCUAUUUGUCCCCAGCCAGAACUUGCUCUGGGAGUUGAAGCCCACACUGAUGUGAGUUCACUCACUUUCCUCCUUCACAACAUGGUGCCAGGUCUGCAGCUAUUCUACGAAGGCCAAUGGGUCACAGCAAAAUGUGUCCCCGAUUCCAUUCUCAUGCACAUUGGUGACACCAUUGAGAUCCUGAGCAACGGCAAGUACAAGAGCAUUCUUCAUAGGGGGUUGGUGAACAAGGAAAAGGUUAGAAUAUCGUGGGCAGUGUUCUGUGAACCCCCCAAGGAGAAGAUCAUCCUGCAGCCACUUGCCGAGCUUGUCACUGAGACAGAGCCAGCACGCUUUCCACCUCGCACUUUUGCUCAGCAUAUUCACCACAAACUAUUCAGAAAGGAUCAGGAAGGUCUCCCAAAUUGAUCACUGCAGGCAUCACAUUUGUAUUUGUUUGCUUGUCUUAUGAAUUACUUCUUAGUUCUUAUGGGUUGUACUAAUAAACUAGGCCUUGCAUGUCGGUGUGGCCUCAUCAAUCAUCAUGCUAAGUUUGUUUUAUCCUUUAUUAAAUACUAUUGAUAUUAUUCUUGUUUGAGUUUGUUUCUCGAUUUGAUUAACAUGGGCGUUCAUGAUUAUUAUCCAAAUCAA